AUGCAGGAGAUGAUGGCCAUGAUGAUGCCUCAGAAGAUCAACGCGUGUACCCACGAUAUCAAGAAGACCAACGUGUGCACCCGCAAGAUCGAGAUCACAGAGAACUAUUACACACUCAAGGCACUGCAUGUUGUGCGAAAAUCUUGGCCUUAUCCAAAGUCUAGCAAGCAUUACGCGAAGUACCGCACUUACACCCCAGAGCUUCUAGAUAAGGCAUUAUAUAGUGUCAAAGCUGAAAAACUAUCCGUGAGAAAGGCAGCCUUGAUGUUUGGAGUCCCAAUUCAGACUCUGCGAGAUAGAGUGAAAGGGCGUGUUGACCCCACGAACUUAAAAAACGAGACAACAUUGCUAUCGUUGGAAGAGGAUCAAUCUCUUGUUGAGCAUGUAGAGGUAAUGGCACAGCUAGGCUAUGGCAUAACCAACAAUAAACUUAAGGAACUUGGUGGAGAAUUAGCCCAGACAUUAGGAAUAAAAUCAAACGCAAAACCGCUAAGCAACUGCUGGUUGACUGGGUUCUUAAAGCGAUGGAAAGAGCGUGUAAGCUCGGUAAAACCGAGUGCGCUGGAAACCAACAAAGCGAAAUCGGCAUCCCCUGUUGUGGUCGAACGAUACUUCGAAAAUCUGAAAAAGGUUAUUGAAGAAAACGAGUUGUCUAAUAAGCCCCAAUUCGUAUACAAUCUUGACGAAACCGGCAUUCAGCCAGAGCACCGCCCUCCAAACAUAAUUGCCCCCAUACAUGAAAAACCACAGUCUGUGACAUCCCCCCGCUCCACAACCACAACUGUGAUAGGUUGCGCAAACGCGGCCGGAAAUCAUCUGCCCCCGUUCUUCAUUUAUAAAGGAAAGCGGAUGAACGAUGACCUUUACAAAGGCAGCUCGCCAGGGACCAAGAUUGUGAUGUCAGAAUCGGGAUGGUCAAAUUCAGCCAUAUUCAGCGAUUACAUCCAAAACCACUUCCUCCCAAAUGUCCGGUCAAUCGCUAACGCAACGCAGAAGAUACUGCUCAUAUACGAUGGCCACGCAAGCCACACAUCCAAGCAGAUGAUUGAUUGGGCGGUAGCGAAUAACAUCAUUCUGUUUGUUUCACCGGCACAUACGUCUCAUCUCCUUCAGCCGCUUGAUGUGGGGAUAUUCGGACCAUUCAAGGGCUAUUAUUAUAGGGAAUGUGCCUCUUUCUUGAGAGAAAACAUGGGAAAGUCGGUAACCAAAUAUGACAUGACAGCAUUGGCGUGUAAAGCAUACCUUCGCGCCAUGUGCCCCUCAAAAAUAACUGGCGCCUUUAAAAAAGCAGGAAUAUAUCCUCUAGAUUGA